AUUUCCGGGUGCUGUAAAACGCGGCGGCAAUUAAAGUUGAGCUUUGGGUCUGAUGGACAAGUGAGAGGACGCGUGUGCCGUGUUCAUGUUCGUCAAUGACAAACGCAGCCGACAUGGCGCUGUCAAAAACUGUGUCCCUUCAACAUUUUCCCAGUGAUUUUGCAUGGGGAACGUCAACAGCUGCGUACCAAAUCGAAGGGGGCUGGGAUUUGGACGGUAAAGGCCCCAGCAUAUGGGACACUUUUUGCCACAGUAAAGGCCGAGUGUUCGAGGGUCACACUGGAGAUGUGGCCUGUAACAGCUACCAGCUUUGGGAUGAGGACCUGAAGUGUAUCCAGCAAUUAGGCCUCACACACUACCGUCUGUCCUUCUCAUGGCCACGGUUGCUUCCUGAUGGAACCACACAUUUUGUCAACCCAAAAGGUGUAGAAUACUAUAAUAAAGUGAUUGAUGACCUGAUCGCGAAUGCUGUUGUUCCCAUGGUCACCCUGAACCACUUUGACUUGCCUCAGGCUCUUCAGGACCAUGGUGGAUGGGAAUCUCCAGAGAUUGCAGAUAUUUUUGACUCGUAUGCUCAGUUUUGCUUUAAAACUUUUGGGGACAGGGUGAAGUUUUGGAUUACACUAAAUGAGCCUUAUGUAUGUGCGAAACUUGGGUAUGAAAAUGGCAUCUUAGCCCCAGGCCUUAAAGAACCAGGGACCUUACUCUACCUUGUAGGACACAACAUGCUGCGUGCUCAUUCUAGAGCCUGGCAUAGCUAUAAUGCCCACUUUAGAGGUCUGCAGGGAGGAAUGGUUUCCAUUGCUCUUAACAGUGACUGGGCUGAACCUUUAGACCCUGGAUGUAGUAAAGAUGUUGCUGCCACUCAGCGAUACAUGGACUUUACCCUUGGCUGGUUUGCUUGCCCAGUGUUUGGCACAGGGGACUAUCCAAAGUCCAUGAGGUUCAGGAUUGAGGCUAAGAACCUUGAGCUAGGAUUUACUAAAGGGCAGCGGUUGCCCAAGUUUUCAGAGGACGAACCCAAGCCCUUGGGUACAGCUGAUUUCUUUGCACUGAACUACUAUACAUCACGCAAAGUGAAGGAUGCAAGCUCUCGUCCCAGUGAGCUCAGUUUCGCAGGGGACCAGGGAACAGAGGCUAUAAUAGAUCCAUCAUGGCCAGUGAGUGGCGCGUACUGGCUUGCUGUUGUGCCCGAAGGACUGCGCAAGCUUUUAAAAUACAUAAAGGAGACUUGCAACAACCCAGUCAUUUAUAUCACUGAAAAUGGCUUCUCGCAAAUUGGGCCUGUGAAGUUCGAAGAUAUUGAUCGCUGCCAGUUUUAUCAGGACACACUUCAGCAAGUAUCCAAAGCGAUCACAGACGAUGGUGUGAAUGUAAAAGGAUAUUUUGCCUGGUCACUUCUGGAUAACCUUGAGUGGUCAGAAGGCUUCAGUGUGAGAUUUGGCCUCUUCCAUGUGGACUUUUCCAGCAGUGAGCUAAAACGCACUAUCUACCGCUCUGGUGAAGAAUAUGCAGCUGUAAUAAAAAGAUACCACACCUAUACCAAGCUGGACAACUGAAAUCACUGAGAUCUACACAUCUGAUUGUUUUAAUGCUGAAUAUCAUUAAGAGCAAUGAAAAUGGCUGAAUUAUAUAUUUUUAAUGAUUCUGAUGGCUGGCUUUGUGGUUUUUAAAUCCAGAAUUUCAAUAAUCCCCCGCUUCACUCACGGUUCGAAUCUCGUGACCCUGGUUUAUUGUGGAAUUGCAUUUGCCACACAACUUGUUUCGCUGAUGAGCCCGGUCUCUUACGCAUAGUACGAUAGACCAAUAACACUUAUAGGGACUUGUUUUUGUGCUUUUAUGUUGAACUAAUGAAAUGUAUUGAAAAUGAUGUAAAAUGUUAGUACAUUAAAUAGUAUUAUUGCGGUUUUUUGUUUAUCGUGGGUGGUUUUGGGACGUAACCGCCGCAAUAGACUAGGGAUUACUGUAUACAAUUUAAACAACAUAAAAACACAUUGCACAUUUGAAUGCACUAUGAAUAGUCUGAAGCACAAAGCUGAGCUAAAACAAGCAUUUUAAUUGUUAUAAUUAUGCUUUUGAGGCACUUUUACAAUGUACAAUAAAUAUGUGCAGAUUCUGAA